ACACAGACAGAGAGAGAAACGACCCGGACAACAAUCGCCGUUUCUUGAUCCGAUCUCUCUCUCCUCCUGCUUCUUCUUCGUCUUCGUUGUCUUCAUCCCCUCGAAAGAUUCACCGCGAGUUCUCGCCCCCCAAAUCCGCUCCUCUCUGCUUCCCUCCCAUGGCUUAGUGCGUGCCCACCGGACCAAGAGAGACCCCAAUUCGAUAGCUCGCCGAGGCAACCCGCGACGCGCGAGAACAAGAAAAUGGCAUCGACCGCCGGAACCACCAACGCCGCCACGGCCCAAUCCCCGAUCCGAUCCUCCGACGACGUCACCGUCGACCUCACCCCGCUCCUGUCCCGCUCCAGCAGCUCCCGCGACGACCCCUCGAACGGAGGCCAGGGCCUGCGCGAGGCGGCGCGGUUCCUGCGCCGCGCCAGCAGCCGGCGGAUGAUGCGGGAGCCGUCGAUGAUGGUCAGGGAGUCCGCGGCGGAGCAGCUCGAGGAGCGGCAGAGCGACUGGGCCUACUCGAAGCCCGUGGUGGUGCUCGACGUGCUCUGGAACUUCGCCUUCGUCGCCGCCGCCGUGGGGGUCAUGGUCGUGAGCCGGGGCGAGAGCCCCACGAUGCCGCUGAGGGUGUGGAUCGUGGGGUACGGGUUGCAGUGUAUUUUGCACGUGGUUUGCGUGGUGGAUGAGUACAGGAGGAGGCAGCGGCGGUGGCGGUUGCGCCAGCCGUCGCCGCGAUCCGAUAGCUCCCUCGAGGAGGAGAAUUCGGGGGGAUCUCGAGGGGAAUCGCCGAGGGAGUAUGUGUCUUUGGCUCAGUUUAGCGAGGAGGGAAGAAGUAGUGUAGCGAAGCAUCUGGAGUCAGCAAACACUAUGUUUUCCUUCAUUUGGUGGAUCAUUGGUUUCUACUGGGUUUCAGCUGGUGGCCAAACUUUAGCACAUGAUGCUCCUCAGCUAUAUUGGCUUUGCAUCAUCUUUUUAGGGUUCGACGUGUUCUUUGUAGUCUUCUGUGUUGCCCUGGCAUGUGUCAUUGGCAUAGCUGUGUGUUGCUGCCUCCCUUGUAUUAUUGCACUUCUUUAUGCUGUAACAGACCAGGAAGGAGCAUCUAAAGAAGAUAUUGAGCAACUGCCCAAGUUCAAAUUCCGGAAAAUUGGUGACGGCGAGAAACAUAUCUCUGAUGUAGAGGGACCUCUUGGAGGCGUAAUGACCGAAUAUGGCACCAAAGACUCGCCCAUUGAACAUUACCUAUCGCAAGAUGAUGCAGAAUGUUGCAUUUGCCUUUCGGGAUAUGAGGACGGGGUCGAUCUGAGGGAACUUCCGUGCCGUCAUCAUUUUCAUUGUACCUGUGUAGAUAAAUGGCUAUACAUAAAUGCUACCUGCCCACUCUGCAAGUAUAACAUCUUGAAGAGUACCGGCAAUGGAUCGGAGGAAGUGUAGAAGGCCUGAGUGCCUGGCACAAACUACAUAUUCCUGAACUUUUAUAGUUCAAGAGAAUUCGACUUUCAGAGCAUGUUGAAGGACAAGUUGUGGGCUGUCCUUUCCUAUCGCCGUGGUAGUUGUACUAGCAACUGCCUGUCUGUCUGUCCUAGUAUGUACGUUUCCAACCUCUCCUUCUUUGUACAUGUUCAUGUCUGGAUUUUUACCGAGUCUGAUGAUUCAAGAAGCCAUCGGCUUUCGCCAUUGUUGACGAUGGCGCGGUUAAAUAUCAGAUGCUUGUUAUAAAUCCUUUCGGGAGGAUGUGUACUUUCAGUUGGACGAGUUUCCGAAUUCAAGCGUAAAAGUCACGAGACCACUUGAAACGUGAGAAGUAAGGCGUCAAUAUUACCUUUUCUUUGUCGGGCCAACAACACGUGAUGUGUUGAUUUAACAUGUUAUGACAGUGACAACAUCUGCUUGAUGCAUUCAAUAGAUUGAUUUUCAUCUA